UCAAAGACACCGAAGCACACACACCUCCCACCCAACUACACUUCAUCAAUCAAUUCGAAGCGGAACAAUGGAGAACUACAGCCACAAGAAAUUCACAGGAGCCCUGAAGCGCAAACGCAGCCAGGAUGAGGAAUCCGAUGACGAUGUGGUAUUCGUUAUGGAGCAGCCCGGUCAGCGAACUCCCGAGCAGCCUCAGUCCAAGCGCACUAGAUUCUUCCGCCCUUGGCUGGAUGAGUCUCAACCGGAAAAGAAGCAGCCACAGCCACCAAAGAAGAUCGCCACGACAGCGGCAACACCGGCGAGUGUUCGAAAAAUGGAUGCCACCUAUCAUCCCAACAUGGUGCGCAGUCACAAGCGUCGCCAGCGCAGUCCCCAGGAGCAACUGCGUCGGGAUCGCAACACUCUAGCCAGCCUGCGGCAUCGUCGCUCUCAGCAGCAGCAACAACAACUCAUCGAGCAGCAGUACUUGUCCAGCCGGAUCCAGCACGAGGCCAAUCUGGAGCAGCAGAUCCGCCUGAGCCUCUACUAUGUGCGAUUCCUGCAGCAGACCAUGGCCACCAUGGAGCCUCUGCCACCCACCCACUACCAGCAGGUACCCAGGUUCCAGACCACGACCACCACCCAACAUCCUUGAAGGGUUCUUGACUAGGCGCAGUCGCAGCGCUCUAAACUACUG